AUCAAAUCAAAGAAUCAAAUGUGAAUUUCGAAUUUGUUGACGAUCGAUUUAUAUUUGAAAAUCGAUUUCAUCACGAUUGGUAGACUUCAAGGUCACCCACCAUCACUUUAGUUCUUGACUUUAUCGAUUCGAAGAACCAAGAGCCACAAGAAUAAAAGAAUGACUCAAAUCGAAUUAGAUAUCUCAAUUCCUUCAAAAGUACUCGCCAUCUUUGGAUUCUUCUUAACAAUAAUUUGUUUAAUCACCAAACCAAUCAAAACGAAAUUAUAUUUAACAGAUUCAUCGAUUUGUACGAUCAUAGGUAUCAUAGUAGGACCCUUUAUAAUCCAAUGGAUUUCACCUUUACAAUGGACAUCUUUUAAUCAAUCGAUCUCAAAUCAAAUCACUUAUGAAAUCAUGAGAAUUGUGAUUGGAAUUCAAGUUUUCUUUUCUGGUAUAGAUUUACCUAAAAAAUAUGUUAAAGAAUCUUGGAAAAGUUUAGGUUUCAUGAUCGGACCGUUAAUGACUUUAACUUGGUUGAUUGUUUCUUUAAUCAUUUGGUUAAUCUUACCUAACCUUAACUUUUUAGAAUCAAUGGUGAUUUCAGCUUGUAUAGCUCCUACAGAUCCAGUUUUAGCCAAUUCGAUCAUUAAAGGUUGUUAUGCAGAAAAGAAUGUAAAUGAAAGAAUCCGCCAUUUAUUAUCAUCCGAAUCUGGUGCAAAUGAUGGAUUAGGUGUACCUUUUAUGUAUCUUGCUAUUUAUCUUUUACGUACGAUUUCAGGAACAAGUUCUUCGGGUUUAGCUAUACUUGAUUGGUUUCUUGAAGUGAUUCUUUAUGAAAUCGGUUUAGGUUUAGUGUUAGGAAUCUUGAUUGGUUUUUUAGCUAGGAAAGCUGUUAACUUUGCAAAACAUAAGGAUUUGAUUGAUCAUGAGUCUCUUUUGAUUUAUUCACUUGGUCUUCCAUUCUUUACUUUAGGAGUUACGGGUAUGAUGGGUAUAGACGACAUUCUGGUUUGUUUUGUGGCUGCCAACUCGCUCAAUUGGGAUGGUGGUUACGCGAAUGAGAUAGAGAAGUUAUCUGGACACGUACUAUUUCAUGACCUAUUUGACUUCUUUGUAAGCUCUGCAUUAUUCAUUUACAUAGGAACGCUCAUUCCUUGGGGAGAUUUCAAUAAUCAAGAACUAGGAUUAACCCCAUCUAAACUCUUUUUAUUAUCAAUUCUGAUUUUGAUCUUCAAACGUCUUCCAUUAGUAGCCAUCAGUUUUAAAGUUUUACCUGAACUUCAAACUUUUAAAGACGUUUUUUUCUUAGGUUGGUUUGGACCAAUUGGUGUGGGAGCCGUUUAUUACAGUCAAGUUGGUCUUAGAGAAGUUCCAGAAGAGUUUAUUAGAAUUAGAGAACUUUUGAUACCUGUGAUUAUGUUUAUGGUCUUUAUGAGUAUAUUUGUUUAUGCAAUUAGUGUUCCAAUCAUUCAUUUUGGUGGCAUUUUUAAAGAUAAACUCGUUUCAAGAAAUCAUAUAAUCGAUAAUAGAAGAAAUUUAAAUUCUCAAGAAGAUUUAAGAGUUGAUGUUCAAAUUGAUCCGAUUCCAAAUCAUCAAAAUAAGAAGAGUAACAGUAUUCUUAAUAGAAGAAAUUCAAUUUCUGAUGAUGAUUUAAGACUUGAUAUAGAGGAUGAAUCAAAUGCUAAUUAUAUUAAAAGUACUAGUACUACAUCUAUUGUAUGAUUGUAUAUUUAUUUUGGUUGUUUUUUUUCAUACAAUCUCAAUGGCUCACAUUUUUUUUUGUAUUAAAAGAAAUCAAUGUACACUAGAUUGGUAGAUUUUGUAUGAUCAAAAAGGAGAAAGUAAUUUUAAGUAUGUUGAAGUCAAUCAAGUAUCUUUUCAAAAGAUUUGUGGUUUUAGAUUUUGUAAAUUGAAUUAGCAUCAUCAGUCUCAUCAUGAUCCUUGUACAUAAGAUCCUGUAGGGGUUUUCUUUGGUAUCAUUACUAAGAUGUUUUUUAGC